UGCUAACCAUCAUACAAUUUGUGGCCCAAAAAUGGCUUGUUGUGGAAUUGUCCGAUGUAAUUCAGUUUUCCAAGCUUCGGCACCGAGCAAUCAGACGCGCAAACUUUCAUGAGUCGCAGAGGACGCCCUAACGGUGUGCGCGGCCCUACCUCCGCCUUGACCUCAUACCUGAAGGAACAAGGCAUUACCGCUGGGCCAAUCAGCGUUUACAGUCGCCGGAUUGGAGGCAAUCAAGAGGAGGCCGGUGGUGUCUCCACAGAUGACCAAGCUGCAGAAGAGAAUAGCGCAGAUGCAGAACAAAACAUGGGGGCUGGUCCUUCUGGACCCCAGGAGCCCACGGGAUCAAGCAAACGGAAACGGCAGGAUAGUGAUGGCGAAGACUCUGAUAAUCUUGACGACGACGAGGACGAAGAGCCUGUUGCUACCUCAUCCAAAAGGCGCAGGGUUUCUUUGGCGAAGGAAAAGGCCAUAGCCAAGGCGAAGGCGGCGAGGAAAGGAAGGGCGAAUGAAGAUGAAGAAGGGGAGGAUCGGUUUAACGCGCUAUCCAAUAAACCCGGGGGCAAAGCUUCGGCUCGACCCCCAAUCGGCAGCCUUGAAAAAUGCGGGCAAUGCGGCAAGAAGUUUCCAAUGACUAGAUACACUCAACCGGCGACUCCAGGUCCAGGCUACUUAUGCCAUAAAUGCACUAAGGCGUUGGGAAAUGACCCAUUUAAAAAACCUGUUACCCAAAAACGCCAAAGGGAGAAGAGGAAUGUUCAAUAUUUUGAAGAGAAGGAGCGUGUAGAAUCGCUUGCUCGACUAUGCAUUAAAGUGGUCACGAAACAUAUCGAUGACGUUGAUGCCUUAGGAGACAUUGGUGCAACGAAUCUAGAUUGGAUAUCCAAAAUCAUUGCUCGUAAUCGCAGCCUGAACGCUCGCAAUGCUCUGUUGUUCUACGACGUUGAGAACACUACUUUGACCAUGUACGAUUGUACAGCACUUGUUCCUGACGCUCUCUGUACACUCGCAUCCUUAAAUCCGAGGCUGGAAUCUGUCCGUUUGGAUUAUUGCGGCCGAAUGAACGACACCGUUUUCACACAUUGGUGCAGUGCUCUUCAGCAUCUCAAGAAGCUAGAUCUUCUUGGACCCUUUAAUGUCCGAAGUCAAGGCUGGGUCACUUUGAUUCAUGGGAUAGCUCAACCUCUGGAGAGUUUCUGUAUCACCCAAUCCCCUCGUUUCGACAUGGGAUGUUUGCAAGCUCUCGCCACGCGUUGUCAAAACUCUCUCGUCAAGCUAAGACUACGUGAAUUUUCAAAACUCACAGAUGAAUGGCUCUCGGUCCUCGCAUCGUUCCGAAACCUCCAAUCCCUCGACAUCUCGUAUCCUGCUACAUCUGUGUCCGAAGGGGCUCUUAUUCGGUUACUAGAAACAAUAGGGGGUCAUCUGUUGCAUCUGGAUAUCAGUGGGAACGAGGAAUUAGGCGACCCAAUUAUCGAAGAUGGUCUUCGUCCACAUUUAAGGAGUCUAGUUACCUUGAAAGCAUCCCAUCUACCACUGCUCACAGAUGAUGGCGUCGCUGGAUUAUUUUCCCGCGAUGGUGAAACACCUACAGUGUUGCCCUCUCUUGAACUCAUCGACCUGUCUCGUGCCCCCGAAUCGAGUACUGGUGCUCUCACGGCCAUCCUAUCGCAUUCCGGCCCCACCCUUCGUGAACUCAAUAUCAACGGUUGGAAAGGAGCGAGCAACGAAGCUCUGACAGAAAUUGGCACGUCGGCGCCCUUACUGAAGAGGCUGGAUAUAGGGUGGUGCCGAUCCGCUGAUAAUUUUACCGUGAAGAGCAUUCUUGAUGGUUGCAGGAAUAUCCAGGAGAUUCUCUGUGCAGGCUGUAAUCGCGUUAGCAUCGAUUGUCCCAGGAAGCGUGGCGUUUCUAUUCGAGGAAUUGAGGCCAUUUAGGUCUCGGGAGGUCGGCGACUGCGUUGAUGAUCCACGUCAUUGUUAUCACCAGUUGCGAUCCGGGCACUGCUGCAGGGGAACAUGUGUAUAAGGCGUGUUACUUAUUCUAUUGAG